AAUAUGUGAGUUCAUCGUGGUAUCCCAUGCCCUCCCCUACUGUAUCAUCGUCCCAUAAAUAUCGAUAUUCUGUACAGCUCCAAUUCCAAACGUCUCCGAGUAAGGGUUUAUCUUCUUCUUUUGGUUAAACUAAACCCAAGCCUUAAAUCCCCUUUCCACCUUCACUGAUGAAAACCCUCCUUUCACCUCAGCUAUCAAGAAUGAUUCUCUAUCGACCUGUUGUAGUGCUCCAAUUUCGCAACCUAUCGCCUUUAUCGUCUACAUCAAAGUUCCUCUCCCAAUCCAGACACUCUUACUCAUUUCUCUCCCGUUCUGUCUCACCAUCUUCUUCUUCUUCUUCAUCUCUUCGAAUCUGCUGGUUUUGGCUGAUAAAACCGCGCCACAUACAGUGCAGGGCAUUUGGCACGGCUGUUACAACUGCCUUCAACGACGGGGUGGGAAGUGAUACGUUUUACGCCGAGGAUAGCGUUUCAUGGUCAUCGCUCGGCGUUUCGGAUAAGGUUUCUCGAGCGCUUUUCAAUGCCGGGUUCGGUCAACCGUCUCUGGUUCAGGCUGCUACCAUACCGUCUAUCUUUACUGGAAAGGAUGUGGUUGUUGCCGCUGAAACUGGAAGUGGUAAAACGCAUAGCUAUCUUGUCCCUGUAAUUGAUAGACUUUGUAAUGGCAAAGUUGAUUCGGGGAAUAUUGCACCUGAACAAGCAGAGUCCCCAUCCCAUAAGCUUACUCUUGUUCUUUGUCCAAAUGUAACAUUGUGCGAACAAGUUGUUCGUAUGGCAAAUGGUCUUUGUGAUGACAAUGGCCAACCACUUCUCGUAGCUGCAGCUGUCUGUGGACGACAGGGGUGGCCGGUCAAUAAACCAGAUAUAGUUGUGACAACUCCUGCUGCACUUCUAAAUAAUAUUGAUCCACACAAACGUCGUCAGAUGGCAUUUUUACGUGGUGUGAAAUAUGUGGUGUUUGAUGAAGCCGACAUGCUUCUCUGUGGGGGCUUCCAGAAUAAAGUUAUACGCCUUAUACACUUGCUACGCUAUGAUGAAAAAAAAUUGUCUUGGUCAAAAGAAUCUACACCUAAAUUGCCUAUGCACUUGGUAUUUGAUAAAUCAUCAGAACACAAUUCAGAGGAUGAUGAAGAUUCAACAACGGGAAUCAUCUCAGAUGAGGAGGAAACUUUUGAGGAUGAUGUUGAUGACUUACCCGAGGAAGUUGAUGCUGGACCUGCCAAAAUGACGGAGUGGAGGAGAGUGAGAAAAGAUUAUGAACGCAGUAAACAGUACAUUUUUAUUGCAGCUACACUUCCUGUGAAUGGAAAGAAAACUGCUGGUGCAGUUUUGAAAAAGAUGUUUCCAGAUGCCAACUGGGUCAGUGGGAACUACCUCCAUCGUCACAACCCCAGAUUAAAGCAGAAGUGGAUUGAAGUCUCAGUUGAUAGUCAGGUUGACGAACUGUUAAGAGCUGUGAAUGAAGGUUCCAAUAUUAAAUCUGUUGAAGGUGGUGGUCAACGAACCAUUGUUUUUGCAAAUACAGUAGAGGCUGUAGAAGCAGUGGCAAAGAUAUUACUAAGAGCUGGGAUUGAAUGUUACCGCUACCAUAAAGAUUGCUCAUUGGAGGAGCGCUCAAAGACAUUAAAUGAUUUUCAAGAAAAUGGUGGUAUUCUAGUGUGCACUGAUGCUGCUGCACGUGGUGUUGACAUUUCAAAUAUCUCACAUGUUAUUCAGGCAGACUUUGCUACUUCGGCUGUAGACUUUUUGCACAGGGUUGGUCGCACAGCUAGAGCUGGUCAAUAUGGACUUGUCACUAGCUUUUACACCGAGUCCAACCGGGACUUGGUUGCUGCAGUUCAGUCCGCAGGGGAACUUGGGCAGUCUGUGGAGACAGCGUUCAGCAGGAAAAGAAGCUUCCGGAAUAAACUCAAGAAGAGAGCAGCGUCUGCGAAGAUCACAGAGAAUACAGCUUCUAUUGGGGAGACUGUUAUAUCAUAUUGAUUAGGUUCCGAGGAACUUGACACUUGAAAGUAGAAAUAGGCAUAUGAUGAUAUUAAAAUCUUCAUGACAACAUGGGCCACAUCGUGAAUCUGUAUCUCAAAAACUGAUUUUGACAACUGGCACAUUCACUGUGGAAACGACUUGAUACCUUUGCUGUGGACAAGCAAUCUUGUGCGUAUUAAAUACGUAGUUCACAUUGGUCUAAUAACAGUCUUCAGUAUUUUCAAAGCAUUGUCAGGGUCUCCUAGCCCUCGUACAAGACUGGGGUGGCUCCAUAAAUGUAUUUAUAUAAAAUUUACGAGUUCAGUACUUUCAGAAAUUACGACAAGGCUAGUCGGUAGAUAUCAAAAUUAUAUUUGUUUGGUCUCUAAAAUGCCUCAUUCAGGCUGACAUGCAAUUCAAUUCGUACCAAGAAAGUUGAAAAAUGUAAUGACAUUGCCUAAUCUACAACUUUUGACACAGAUGUUACCUUA